CCCAGCACGGCCAGGCGAAGCGGAGCCGGCGUGCGGGGUGUGUAUGUGUUCGCUGGGCGCCGGCUCAGCCCCAGGAAGAUGGUGGCGGCGGCGGCGGCGGCGGCGGCGACUGAGGCGCUGCUGAGGGGGAGCACGGCGGCGACAGCAGCGCCCGCGGGCAGGCAGGUCGAGCAGCACCGACUCUGCGCCGCGACUGGGGCCUGGAGGCCGGGGCCGCGCGCCGGCUUGUGUCCCCCGUGGGUGCUGUCGCGGGCGCUGCCCUCGCCGCUGCUGCUGCCGCUGCUCUUUUCGCUACUGCUGCUGCUGCCGCUGCCCCGGGAGGCCGAGGCCGCGGCGGUGGCGGCGGCGGUGUCAGGCUCGGCCGCAGCCGAGGCCAAGGAAUGUGACCGGCCGUGUGUCAACGGCGGCCGCUGCAACCCUGGCACUGGCCAGUGCGUCUGCCCCGCGGGCUGGGUGGGCGAGCAAUGCCAGCACUGCGGGGGCCGCUUCAGACUAACUGGAUCUUCUGGAUUUGUAACAGAUGGACCUGGGAAUUAUAAAUAUAAAACGAAGUGCACAUGGCUCAUUGAAGGACAGCCAAAUAGAAUAAUGAGACUUCGUUUCAAUCAUUUUGCUACAGAAUGUAGCUGGGACCAUUUGUAUGUUUAUGAUGGGGAUUCAAUUUACGCACCUCUGAUUGCUGCCUUUAGUGGCCUCAUCGUUCCUGAAAGAGAUGGCAAUGAGACAGCCCCGGAGGUCACUGUCACUUCAGGUUAUGCACUGCUGCAUUUUUUCAGUGAUGCUGCUUAUAAUCUGACUGGAUUUAAUAUCACUUACAAUUUUGACAUGUGUCCGAAUAAUUGCUCAGGCCGAGGAGAGUGUAAGAGCAGUAACAGCAGCAAUACUGUUGAGUGUCAAUGUUCUGAAAACUGGAAAGGGGAAUCGUGUGACAUUCCUCACUGUACAGACAACUGUGGCUUUCCUCACCGAGGCAUCUGUAAUGCAAGUGACGUCAGAGGGUGCUCCUGCUCCCCCAACUGGCAGGGUCCUGGAUGUUCAAUUCCUGUGCCAGCUAACCAAUCUUUCUGGAUUCGAGAAGACUAUUCUGAUUUAAAGCUCCCCAGAGCCUCUCAUAAAGCUGUGGUCAAUGGGAAUAUAAUGUGGGUUGUUGGCGGAUAUAUGUUCAACCACUCAGAUUACAGCAUGGUUUUAGCGUAUGACCUGGCUUCUAGGGAGUGGCUCCCACUAAACCAGUCUGUGAACAGUGUGAUUGUGAGAUAUGGCCAUUCUUUGGCAUUACAUAAGGAUAAAAUCUACAUGUAUGGAGGAAAAAUUGAUUCAACAGGAAAUGUGACCAAUGAGUUGAGAGUAUUUCAUAUUCAUAAUGAAUCGUGGGUAUUGUUAACACCCAAAGCAAAGGAGCAGUAUGCAGUAGUUGGACACUCUGCACACAUUGUUACACUGGCAACAGGCCGUGUGGUCAUGUUGGUCAUCUUUGGUCAUUGCCCACUCUAUGGAUAUAUAAGCAUUGUGCAGGAGUAUGACUUAGAAAAGAACACGUGGAGUAUACUACACACUCAGGGUGCUCUUGUACAAGGGGGCUAUGGCCACAGCAGUGUUUAUGAUCACAGGACCAAGGCCCUGUAUGUCCAUGGUGGCUACAAGGCUUUCAGCGCCAAUAAAUACCGGCUUGCAGAUGACCUCUACAGAUAUGAUGUGGAUACCCAGAUGUGGACCAUUCUUAAGGACAGCCGAUUUUUCCGUUACUUGCAUACAGCUGUGAUAGUGAGUGGAACCAUGCUGGUGUUUGGAGGAAACACACACAAUGACACAUCCAUGAGCCAUGGCGCCAAAUGCUUCUCCUCGGACUUCAUGGCUUAUGACAUUGCUUGUGACCGAUGGUCAGUGCUUCCCAGACCUGAUCUCCACCAUGAUGUCAACAGAUUUGGCCAUUCAGCAGUCUUACACAACAGUACCAUGUAUGUGUUCGGUGGCUUCAACAGCCUCCUCCUCAGUGACGUCCUAGUCUUUACCUCGGAGCAGUGUGAAGCGCACCGCAGUGAGGCAGCUUGUGUAGCAGCAGGACCUGGUAUCCGGUGUCUGUGGGACACAGGGUCAUCUCGAUGUACCUCCUGGGAGUUGGCGACUGAAGAGCAAGCAGAAAAGUUAAAAGCAGAAUGUUUUUCCAAAAGAACCCUUGACCAUGACAGAUGUGACCAACACACAGAUUGUUACAGCUGCACAGCCAAUACCAAUGACUGCCACUGGUGCAGUGAUCACUGUGUCCCUGUGAACCACAGCUGCACAGAAGGCCAGAUCUCCAUUUCCAAGUAUGAAAGUUGCCCCAAGGAUAACCCUAUGUACUACUGCAAUAAGAAAACAAGCUGCAGGAGCUGUGCCCUAGACCAGAACUGCCAGUGGGAGCCUCGGAAUCAGGAGUGCAUUGCUCUGCCUGAAAAUAUCUGCGGCAUUGGCUGGCAUUUGGUUGGAAACUCAUGUUUGAAAAUCACUACUGCUAAGGAAAAUUAUGACAAUGCUAAGUUGUCCUGUAGGAACCACAAUGCCUUUUUGGCUUCCCUUACAUCCCAGAAGAAGGUGGAAUUUGUUCUUAAGCAUCUUCGGUUAAUGCAGUCAUCUCAGAGCAUGUCCAAGCUCACUCUGACUCCAUGGGUUGGUCUUCGGAAGAUCAAUGUGUCUUACUGGUGCUGGGAGGAUAUGUCCCCAUUUACAAAUAGUUUGCUGCAGUGGAUGCCAUCUGAGCCCAGUGAUGCUGGCUUCUGUGGGAUCUUGUCAGAGCCUAGUACUCGGGGAUUGAAGGCUGCAACCUGCAUCAACCCACUCAAUGGCAGUGUUUGUGAAAGACCUGCAAACCACAGUGCCAAGCAGUGCCGGACACCAUGUGCCUUGCGGACAGCGUGUGGCGAGUGCACUAGCAGCAGCUCUGAGUGCAUGUGGUGCAGCAACAUGAAGCAGUGUGUAGACUCCAAUGCCUAUGUGGCCUCCUUCCCUUUUGGCCAGUGUAUGGAGUGGUAUACAAUGAGCAGCUGCCCACCUGAAAAUUGCUCUGGCUACUGUACCUGCAGCCAUUGCUUGGAGCAACCAGGCUGUGGCUGGUGUACUGAUCCUAGCAAUACUGGGAAAGGGAAAUGUAUCGAGGGCAGCUAUAAAGGACCUGUGAGGAUGCCUUCACAGGCCUCUACUGGAAAUGUGUAUCCACAGCCUCUUCUGAACUCCAGCAUGUGUCUAGAGGGCAGCAGAUACAACUGGUCUUUCAUUCACUGUCCAGCUUGCCAGUGCAAUGGACACAGCAAAUGUAUUAAUCAGAGUAUCUGUGAGAAGUGUGAGAACCUGACCACCGGCAAGCACUGCGAGACCUGCAUAUCCGGCUUCUAUGGUGACCCGACUAAUGGAGGCAAAUGUCAGCCAUGCAAGUGCAACGGACACGCAUCGCUGUGCAACACCAACACUGGCAAGUGCUUCUGCACCACCAAGGGUGUCAAGGGGGACGAGUGCCAGCUAUGUGAGGUAGAAAAUCGAUACCAAGGAAACCCUCUCAAAGGAACAUGUUAUUAUACCCUUCUCAUUGACUAUCAGUUCACUUUUAGCCUGUCCCAGGAAGACGAUCGCUAUUAUACAGCCAUCAAUUUUGUGGCUACUCCUGAUGAACAAAACAGGGAUUUGGACAUGUUUAUCAAUGCCUCCAAAAACUUCAACCUCAACAUCACCUGGGCUACCAGCUUCUCAGCUGGAACCCAGGCUGGAGAAGAGAUGCCUGUUGUUUCAAAAACCAACAUUAAGGAAUACAAAGAUAGCUUCUCUAAUGAGAAAUUUGAUUUUCGCAACCAUCCAAACAUUACCUUCUUUGUUUAUGUCAGUAAUUUCACCUGGCCCAUCAAAAUUCAGAUUGCCUUCUCCCAGCACAGCAAUUUUAUGGACCUGGUACAGUUCUUCGUGACUUUCUUCAGCUGUUUCCUCUCUCUGCUCCUGGUGGCUGCAGUGGUUUGGAAGAUCAAGCAGAGCUGUUGGGCGUCCAGGCGGAGAGAGCAACUUCUUCGGGAGAUGCAACAGAUGGCCAGCCGCCCCUUUGCGUCCGUAAAUGUUGCCUUGGAAACAGAUGAAGAGCCUCCUGAUCUUAUUGGGGGAAGUAUAAAGACUGUCCCCAAGCCCAUCGCCCUGGAGCCCUGCUUUGGUAACAAGGCUGCAGUCCUCUCUGUGUUCGUGAGGCUCCCUCGGGGACUGGGAGGAAUCCCUCCUCCUGGUCAGUCAGGUCUUGCUGUGGCCAGUGCCCUGGUGGACAUUUCUCAGCAGAUGCCAAUAGUGUACAAAGAGAAGUCAGGGGCAGUAAGAAACCGGAAGCAGCAGCCCCCUGCACAGCCUGGAACCUGCAUCUGAAUCUGGGCCAGGGACUCUUCUCACAGAGGGGCAUGUGGUCUGCCAAGCGUCACAGGGGAGGGUGCAGGCAGGAAGCAGGUGCCAAGCAGAAGACUGGAAACCCUUGAAGUAUCCACCUCAUGUGCAUGAUCAUACAAGCU